AGAGAUUUUAAUUUCUCACACGAACUCUCUCAGAAAUUCAAUCAAUGACCAAUCAGUCAAUGACCCAUGACCACAGCAUGUGCCACUCACAUUUCUCCUAUUUAAUUUUAUUACAGUAAGAAUUUUCUUGCAACCUGAGCUUGCUUUGCUGUUUGCAAAAAAAAAAAAAAACCUUCCUUCAUUUCCCUUGAUUUCUCUCAUUCCGAAGAAGAAAAACAUGGCUGAGGUGGGCUUGGCAUUUCUCUCUGCUUCACUCAGCGUGUUGUUUGACAGAAUGGCAUCUCCAGAGGUGGUUGGCUUCAUGCAGGGAAGAAAACCAACCGAAGUGCUCUUAAGGAACUUGAAGAAUGCAAUGCGGUCUGUGAAGUUUGUGCUUGAAGACGCGGAGGAAAAGCAACAUACGGAUUCUUUUGUGAAAGGCUGGGUUGAUGACUUGAAGGAUGUUAUCUACGACGCGGAGGACAUCUUGGAUGAGAUUGCUACUGAAGCCUUGCAAAGAAAGCUGGACGCUGAAUCUAGUACCACUGCACUAGAAAAGGUACUAGACUGCAUCUCUAAUACUUUCCUCGAUACUUUUGUCAAUGAAGUAGAGCCAAAAAUAGAAGAGGUACUUGAUAGACUAGACAGUCUAGUAAAAGAAAAGGAUUUUAUGGGUCUACAAGCUGUAGGAGUUGGGGGAAAACAAUAUCCAGAUCAAAAUCAAAGGCUGUCCACUUCUUACGUCUCAGAGUUUGACACUUUUGGUAGGGAUGAGGACAAGAAAAAAGUAAUUGACUUAUUGCUCUCGUCUGAUGCGAGAGGAAAUGAAAUGUUCGUGAUUGCCAUCGUUGGCAUGGGGGGAAUCGGCAAGACUACCCUUGCUCAAAUGGCAUACAAUGACAGUCGGGUGCAACAACAUUUCAACCUUAAAAUAUGGUUUUGUGUUUCAGAAGAAUUUGAUGUGCCCAAGGUUGAGAAAUCAAUUAUAGAUCAGGCUGAAACUUCGUCAGCUCGUUCUACUGAGGAUCCAGAGCAGCUUCAAGUUACACUAAAGAAGAGUUUGAUGGGGAAGAAAUUUCUCCUUGUUUUGGAUGAUGUUUGGAGUGAGAAACCCAUUCAUCGGGAGUUCCUAGGCCAGCUCUUGCAAUAUGGGGCUCGAGGAAGUACGAUCCUUGUCACCACAAGGAAUGGUAGCGUUGCAUUGGCCAUGCACGCUAUUGAAACUCAUCAUCUAAAGCUGUUACUAAAGAAUGAUUGCUGGUCACUUUUUGAAAAGCAUGCAUUUCGCAAUGGUAGCUCUGACGCAGAUCCAAAGAUAAAAGAAAUAGGUACUCAAAUUGUGAAAAAGUGCAAAGGUCUACCUUUAGCAAUCAAAGCGAUUGGCAAUCUCUUGUGGUCUGAAUCAAAUGUCAAGAGAUGGACGAAUAUAUUGAAGAGCAAUUUAUGGGAUCUUACCAUGGAGGGGACAUACAUUCUUCCGGCUUUGAGGUUAAGUUAUAAGUAUCUCCCCUCAUAUUUAAAAAGAUGCUUUGCUUAUUGUUCGAUAUUUCCAAAAGAUCAUAUUUUUAAGAAAGAUGAAUUAGUGUUGUUAUGGAUGGCGGAAGGCUUCUUGCAACAAUCAGAAAUAGAAACUAUGGAAGAAGUUGGCAAUCAUUGCUUCGAUGCUCUUGUAUCGAGAUCAUUAUUUCAACAAUCAAGUCGUGAAACUAACUCAGGUUUUGUAAUGCAUGAUCUUAUCAACGACUUGGCAAAAUUCGUGGCUGGGCAAUUUGGCACUGAUAGUUUAAAAAAAAUUGUGAAGAUGACUCGCUAUGUAUCAUAUUUCGGCAACAGUUGGUGUACAUUCCAGGAUAUUGAAGCUGAUCUUUUAAAGGCCAAACAAUUGCGCACUUUCCUUGCAUUACGUUUUUCAACAGUACGGCAUUGGGAAAACAAAAUGCAAUGGACAAUAUUGUGCUUAAGAGUUCUCUCCCUACGCUACAUAGGCUUUGAGAUUACUAAGUUGCCUGAUUCAAUUGGCGAGAUGAAAUAUCUACGUUAUUUGGAUGUUUCUUCGGGAAGUUUUAAUAGGUUGCCCGAUUCCAUAUGUAAUUUGUGCAAUUUGCAAACGUUGAAGUUAUCAUGGUGUAGUGACUUGGAUAGAUUGCCAAGAGAUAUGUGGAAACUCAUUAAUUUGCGUCAUCUUGAAAUUGAUUCUACUCUCAAAUUAAAGGAGGAGAUGCCGAUAAAAAUGGGUAGAUUAAAUUGUCUCCAGACGUUGUCAAAAUUCAUCGUCAGCAAACAUGACAGUGCUAGUGGGUCUAGCAUUGGAGAAUUGGGAAAACUAAAAAAUCUUCGGGGAGAGCUUUCAAUUGAAAAGCUCCAAAAUGUUAGAUCAGCUGAUGAUGCAUUGGAUGCAAGCUUGAAGGAUAAGGUUUACCUCGAGCAGUUGGCGUUACUAUGGGAUAUUCCUCAAGAAGAACUUGGUAUUUCGGAAAGUCAAAGAGGCGUACUUGAAAAUUUGCAGCCCCAUAAAAACUUGAAAAGUCUCAAAAUCAGCUACUACAGCGGGAAAAGUUUUCCUGAUUGGAUAGGAGGGCUUACUUCAUUGUCUGAGUUGGAAUUAAUUAAUUGCAAAUAUUGUAGUGCCUUGCCACCCCUUGGGCACCUACCUUUUCUUGAGAAACUCUACAUUAAUGGGCUGGAUGGAGUUGUUACUGUGGGUCCAGAAUUUUAUGGAAAUAGUAGUAAUUCUAAAAUGAAGUCAUUUGGAAGUUUGAAAUUUCUGAGGUUGAGGAAUAUGUCAAAUUUGAAAAACUGGCUUCAUUCUGGUGUACAUCUUCCUUCGUUAGACCAACUUGAGAUCAGCAAUUGUCAACAUUUCGAGGGUUCGCUCUCCAUAGACUCUUUCCCAGUACUUACCAGUAUGAAAAUAAUUAGGUGUGAUAAUUUGGAAUCUGUUGCACUUGCAAAACAAGAUGAACAUGAUGGUUUACUCUCAAAAUUGAAAAUACUUCUGAUCUAUGGUUGUAAGAAGUGUGAGCUCCCCAUGCACAGACAAUAUUCAUCCCUUGAAGAAUUGUACUUGACGGAUUGUUGUGAUUCCCUGACGUCAUUUCCAUUAGACCUAUUCCCAAAUCUGAAGAGUUUUCGAAUCGAAGGGUGCAGGAAUUUGCAAUCUCUAGAACAACAUGGAGGUGAUUUAGUGAUAUCAAAAAUAGGAAUAUGGAGAUGUCCUAAAUUUGUAUCUUUUCCAAAAGGAGGAUUGCGUGCCCCUAACCUUGCAAUGUCUUCUCUCAAAGAUUGCGAGAGCUUGAGGUUAAUGCCGGAUAAAAUGCACAUAUUGCUUCCGUCUCUUUAUUAUUUGGAGUUAGUAAAUUGUCCAGAAGUUGAGUCGUUUCCAGAAGAGGGAUUACCUUCCAAUCUGAAGAAUAUCAAGAUCUUGACAUGUAAGAAACUAAUUGCAAACCCGUGGAAGGAAACACUCCCCCGCAUUGAAUGGUUGGAAAUUGGCGGCGACAAAUCAGAAGAUCAUGUAGAGUCAUUUCCCGGGGAGUUGUUGCUGCCCACCACUCUGACCUAUCUUUAUAUCGAAUCAAUUGGAAAUUUGAAAUCAUUGGACAAGGAGGGGUUUCAACACCUCACCUCCCUUGUAGAAUUGUGGAUCAUCGAUUGUCGAAAGCUCAGGUACAUGCCAGAAGAGGGCUUCCCUGCCUCCCUUCGUUUUUUGCUGAUAGAGAAAUGUGAUCGUGUGUUGAAGGAAGAGUUGGAAAGUAAAAAAGGAAAAGAAUGGCUCAAGGUGGCUCGCGUCCCCAACAUAAUGAUUUAUGGCAUUCUAAUUCAAGGAGAUUAUCGUGAAUGGUUGUGGUCAGGUAUUUGUGCAAGGCGGUAUGAAUAUGAGGAUGCUUUCGAGUUCGAACAACUCCUCCCCUACGAAUAUUAUUAACAAGUUUAUAACGGGUAAAGUUGAUUUGAUCCCUGAGAAGUGAAGAUAUUUGCUUAAAUCUUGUGUGCGCGAGCGCUAGAAGCAACCUCCUACGUACCUAAUUGCCACGCACAUUUCUAUAUGCAUUUCCGAUCCCUGAAGGGAAUGGUUUGGCAGAUGGUUAAUUUGGGAGCUAGCUGUGGAUGUGAGACCACCUUUGUGGACGUGGCAUGGCUUUAAGUUGUGGACGUGUGAUUAGAAAUUAUGAUGCUAAGUUUGUUUAUGCUUUUUCUUGCUUUUGUGUAAUUUCUUUUUGUGUAAAAUAUUUUCUUAAUUACAAUCACUUGUA